CUGGUCUAAUUAUCGGCAACCUCAUGACACCAAUGGUACUUGUAACCUUGUUUACUAUAGCUUUGGAGAGCUCGAUACCUGGAGUAAAUGAGAUUAAAAAAGAAGAAUCUAAUGUAAUAGUUGUUGUAGAAGAAAACCGGCAAGAUAUCGAAGCACCUCCAGCAGCGGCUGCUGAUGCAGUACUUCCAUUGAAUCCUGAUCGAGUAACCAGAAUAUUUUUGGAACAAUUAAGAAAUCAAGAAUUAGCAGCAGCAACUGAUUUUAUGCUAAUCGACACCGUAGGGUUAGCAAUGAGUAUGGCUUAUUGGUUAAACGAAAAUAUUAUGACUACAGCCUCUGAUGAUUUAAUGGAUUUAGGAAUAGUCAACAUUUUGGAUGGUUAG